CCUCUCCAUCCAUAAAUACCUAAACCACAGGUUCAGUCCAAACCUCAAACCCUCACUCCCUUACCAUUACUAUACUAUAAAUAUUUAAAACAGAAAAAUAUCCCCAACUCAAGCAAACAAAACCAAACCCACCACCUCCCUCCUCUUUCUCUCUCCUGGCUACUUAUUCUCUCUCCUCCAUCUUCCACCUCCUCAUCGCGCAGUCGAGAAGUUGAAAGCACUAUAUGCUUCCAGUUAAGAGAGCGGUGGCAGGAGAGGCUGACGACGAAGUUGUGGAGGUCACCGCCUUCAACGUUGCUCUCAAGAAGCCUUGUUUGAUCUCUACCGCUACUGUUGCUUCUUCUUCUAAUUCGUCUUCUUUUGAUUUAACGGCGUCUGCUAACGGACACAGUAAAGGAUUGGAGAACGGUGAAUCUGAGCGUUCCAAUAUGGGUUUCGGUGACGGAAAUGGAAAAGGUAGUAAUAACAACAGCGAUCCAAAUGACAUCGACGAGGAUUUGCACAGUCGUCAGCUUGCCGUCUAUGGCCGUGAGACGAUGCGUCGUCUUUUCGCCUCUAAUAUCCUUGUUUCUGGUUUGCAAGGCCUCGGUGCUGAAAUUGCAAAGAAUCUUAUCCUUGCUGGUGUUAAGUCUGUGACAUUGCAUGAUGAAGGAGUUGUGGAGUUGUGGGAUCUGUCCAGCAAUUUUAUAUUUUCAGAGGAAGAUGUGGGAAAGAAUCGUGCCCUUGUUUCUGUUCAGAAGUUGCAAGAACUGAAUAACGCUGUGGUUGUUUCUACUUUAACCAAUGAAAUAACCAAGGAAAUGCUUUCUGAAUUUCAGGCUGUUGUGUUUACAAAUAUUAGUCUAGAUAAAGCAGUUGAAUUUGAUGAGUAUUGCCACAACCAUCAGCCUCCUAUUGCUUUCAUCAAGUCAGAAGUAUGUGGCCUCUUUGGCAGUGUCUUCUGUGACUUUGGACCUGAGUUUACUGUAGUUGAUGUGGAUGGAAAUGAUCCACACACUGGCAUUAUUGCAUCUAUCAGUAAUGACAAUCCUGCUCUGAUUUCAUGUGUGGACGAUGAGAGGCUUGAAUUUCAGGAUGGGGAUCUGGUUACGUUCUCAGAAAUCUAUGGGAUGACAGAAUUAAAUGAUGGAAAGCCUAGGAAAAUCAAGAAUGCUAGGCCCUACUCAUUCACUCUUGAUGAAGAUACCACAGGUUUUAGCCCAUAUGAGAAAGGCGGUAUUGUGACGCAGGUGAAGCAGCCAAAGGUGUUGAAUUUCAAAACACUCCGUGAAGCUCUUAAGGAUCCUGGCGAUUUCCUACUCAGCGAUUUCUCGAAGUUUGAUCGCCCACCGCUUCUUCAUCUGGCGUUUCAAGGAUUAGAUAAGUUCAUAUCAGCUUAUGGUCGGUUUCCUGUUGCUGGAUCCGAGGAGGAUGCUCAGAAGCUUAUAUCUUUUGUUAAAGAAAUUAAUGAUAGUUUAACUGAUGGUAAGCUUGAUGAUAUCAAUGGAGACUUGCUUAGGCAGUUCGCUUUCGGUUCAAAGGCUGUUUUGAAUCCUAUGGCUGCAAUGUUUGGCGGCAUUGUUGGGCAAGAAGUUAUAAAAGCAUGCUCUGGGAAGUUCCAUCCACUCUUCCAGUUUUUCUACUUUGACUCUGUAGAAUCCCUUCCCACUGAACCACUGGAUCCAAGGGAUCUGAAGCCCUUGAAGAGUCGAUAUGAUGCCCAAAUUUCUGUUUUUGGAGCCAAGCUCCAGAAAAAGCUUGAGGAUGUAAAAGUGUUUGUAGUUGGCUCUGGUGCUCUGGGUUGCGAGUUUCUGAAAAAUCUGGCUUUAAUGGGGGUGUCUUGUGGAAGCCAAGGGAAACUAACAAUUACAGAUGAUGAUGUUAUAGAAAAGAGUAACCUCAGCAGACAAUUUCUUUUCCGUGAUUGGAACAUUGGGCAGUCAAAAUCCACAGUUGCUGCAACAGCAGCUGCUGCUAUGAAUCCACAUCUUCGUAUUGAAGCUCUUCAAAAUCGUGCAAGUCCUGAGACAGAGAAUGUCUUCGAUGACAAUUUUUGGGAAAAUCUGAAUGUGGUUAUCAAUGCUCUGGACAAUGUCAAUGCUAGGCUUUAUGUUGAUCAAAGGUGUGUGUAUUUCCAGAAACCUCUUCUCGAGUCAGGGACCCUUGGUGCCAGGUGCAAUACACAGAUGGUUAUACCUCAUCUGACAGAAAAUUAUGGUGCUUCUCGUGACCCGCCUGAGAGACAGGCACCUAUGUGUACUGUCCAUUCUUUCCCCCACAACAUUGACCAUUGCUUGACUUGGGCACGCUCUGAGUUUGAAGGAUUGCUUGAGAAGACACCUGCUGAAGUAAAUGCCUUCCUGAAUAACCCUGGUGAAUAUGCAUCUGCCAUGAGGAAAUCUGGUGAUGCUCAGGCGAGGGAGACCCUAGAACGUGUGAUUGAAUGCCUUGACAAAGAGAAAUGUGAAGACUUCCAGGACUGCAUUACCUGGGCACGUUUGAGGUUUGAAGACUACUUCUCGGACCGCGUGAAGCAGUUGACAUUUACAUUCCCUGAAGAUGCUGUAACCAGUACAGGUGCCCCAUUCUGGUCUGCUCCCAAACGUUUUCCACGCCCUUUGCAGUUCUCCGUGGAGGAUGCAGGCCACCUUAACUUUGUGGUGGCGGCAUCUGUAUUGCGUGCAGAGACUUUUGGUAUCCCAAUACCUGACUGGAUCAGAUCUCCCCAAAAACUAGCAGAUGCUGUCAGUAAAGUGAUUGUUCCUGAUUUUGAGCCAAAGAAGGAUGCAAAGAUUGUUACGGAUGAGAAAGCUACAAGCCUUUCUAAUGCUUCAAUAGAUGAUGCUGAGGUGAUUGAACAAUUGGUCGCUAGGUUAGAGAACUGCAGGGGCCAGCUCUCCUCUAGCUUCAGGAUGAGCCCAGUGCAGUUUGAGAAGGAUGAUGAUACCAAUUAUCACAUGGAUAUGAUUGCUGGACUUGCUAACAUGAGGGCAAGAAACUAUGGUAUUCCUGAGGUUGACAAACUCAAGGCAAAGUUCAUUGCUGGUAGGAUUAUCCCUGCUAUUGCAACAUCCACGGCCAUGGCUACAGGUCUUGUCUGUCUGGAGCUCUACAAAGCCUUGGAUGGAGGGCACAAAGUGGAGGACUACCGCAAUACUUUUGCCAACCUCGCACUCCCUCUAUUCUCAAUGGCUGAACCGGUCCCACCUAAAGUGAUCAAGCACCAGGACAUGAGCUGGACAGUCUGGGACCGUUGGAUUCUGAGGGAUAAUCCGACAUUGAGACAGCUCCUUGACUGGCUUCAGAACAAGGGGCUUAGUGCUUACAGUGUAUCCUAUGGCAGUUGCUUGCUGUACAAUAGUAUGUUCCCGAGGCAUAAAGAUAGAAUGGACAAGAAGAUGGUUGAUCUUGCCAGGGAGGUUGCCAAGGCUGAGCUUCCUUCGAACCGUAAGCAUUUUGAUGUGGUGGUUGCUUGUGAAGAUGAAGAGGACAACGAUGUUGAUAUUCCCCAGGUCUCUAUAUAUUUCGAGUAGUUCUCACAUUUUUUUUUUUCCUGGCUGGUAUGGGAAGUAGGAUGCGGAACUUUUAACAGUACACUAGUAUAUCUGCAGUGCUGAGAGGUUGUUGGAAGGCUUAGUUCUUGGUGAUAAACAAAAAAAUGGUGCUGGAAAUUAUGAUCUCUAGUCUUUAGACUUUUUCUAUGGUUUGAUUCGGCUAAUCUUUCUAUUUUAACCUUGCCUACAAGUUAAGUAUCCUGUUGAUCUUCGGAUGGCAUUUACCCUUCUGUUUAGACUUCUAAGAUAGGUAUCGAUAGAAUCAUCCAGGUUGUGAUAAUGUUGAAGAUGGAAGAGCAGAAUUUAGCCCUUUGUUGUCAUGGACAUAAUGGUCUUAUUUGGCUAUUAGCAAAGAUUUUUAGGUUAGGAUU